AUGGCAGGCGUCUUCGGCACCUGGAAAGAUUGGACCUGGCCUUCGGAGCUUACCGGGGAGCGUGCGGGGGACGAGGUGAAUGAGUGCGAGGAGCAUGGCUUUGCAGAUGGCCCGCACUGGGACUUUAUGUUCCGAGUGGAUGUGGAGUCGUUCGAGAAGUAUGUUGCUGAAGGCAAAGACUCUCGACCACAGCAGGUGGCAGAGUACAUGCGGCUUAUUUCCAGCCAUGUUGAGAGAGAUGAGUGUGGCAUGUUCAUGCGCCACCGUGGAGUGCAGAAAGUUGUGGCUGGGCAGCCCUUAGGCCGUUACUACUUCCCAGCACUUAGCCCUCCAAAUUUGUCUAGAGCUGCUCGCGCUGCCUUGUUCCCAGCUGGGAGCUAUGAGUUUGACCAGCCCACAGCAGUUGUGCACUUCAUGCUUGAAAGAGCUGAAGAGUUGGGUGUUUGCGCUUGCCUGCUUGAGAAGUACAAGACGCACAAGGCACAGUGGCGUGAGGCCGUCCAGCGCUACUUUGACUUGCCCAGCCUUGCAGAUGCCAAAGCACUUCUUCAGAAGGCUACGUUUGGGUUUGCGCACCCUCUCGAUGGCAAGGAUGCCUUGGGAGUGUUGCCAAUCCUAGAAGGUCUUGCGUAUGAAAGCUUCACACUCCGAAAGGCUUUGUGUCAACAGAACGCAGCUGUUCUUGAGGCUGCCGUAGCGGCCGGCAAGAGGAGACCAGAAACCAGCACCAUGGCCAUGCUGCUUUUUGAUGACGAAGCCAAGGUGACUCGCGACUUCUGUAAUUGUCUCCAAGCUUUCAAGUGGCUGCCUGCAGCGCCAGUGUAUGAUGCAGUGGCCGCAGCGCCGCUGGCAGGGGGCGAGGCAAUUUCUGCCAUUGUGGAAAGCUUCGCUGCGCAGUCAAAUGUUCGCAUGGAGGUGACAGAGCUGCGCAUGGCGGGGCGACAGCCACAGGCAGGCACUUUGUCACAGGUUCUGGAAAGCCUGCUGAACGGUGCUGAGCGGCUGGAAGACUGCAUGGUCGUAGCGGGCGCUCAGAAGUGCUUGGCUUUCUCGCUGGCGAACAUCUUUCGCGCUGAGGAUGAGACUUUGGCUGCCAGCUUCGGGUGUGGAGAUGGACCGCUUAGCUUCAGACAGUGCAUGGAACUACACCCAGGGCUGAGCCUGGAGCCUGUCAGCGUUGCUUCUGCUGCAGCUGGCGAUGGCAGCCACUACAUCGCGCACGAGACCCGGCCAGGGCGGGAGGUGGGCCAUGCCAUCGGCGUGCUCUGUUACGCUGGCAAGUGCAGGGUGCACAGUGACUCCGUUAUGCAGGCAGUGGAAAUUGACGCCGCCACUUUCUGGCGUUCCGUGGCAGCCUUGCCACGUGCUCACGUCUUCGAAGCCAAGUUGUUGUCGGCCUCACUUUCACUUCGCAAGCGCAAGCUGGCGAACCCUCUGCUGGACAUGCUUAGCGGGGCCGAAGCGCCCGACGUUGCCGAGCGAGUGUUGGACACAGUGGCUGAGAAGGUGAGGGCGGAGACGCAUCUUACGAAGUACCACGUCCAGACACGAUUGUUCACUGCCAACACCAGAACCGAGGCUCAGUGGAACACGGUGCAAGCUCUGUAUGAGCAGGACCAGAUCUUGGCACCCUUGCAGCAGCCGAGGCACUCUGAAAGCUUGCUGAGGGACUCUGCAGAUCUUAUCCGGAAAUGGGUGAGUCCGGACGAAGACUCGCAGGUCUUCCUUCAAAAGCAGAAUGAUGUGGAUUUGGUGCUCCUGCUCACGGGCGAGGGCCCACGGUAUGUCCUGAAGCAGCAAACCUCUCAUUGCAAACGCCUCAACCAAAACGUGUACUACGACAGCACCGCUGCAGCCAUGUUGCUUGGGUUGGUUCUGAAGCAUCAAGGCCGGGCGCAGGCGAGCUUUCAGGAUUUGGUUUCUGCCUUCAUCGCCAAAGGCAGCCCGUGUGCUUUUUUAGGCCUUCGGCGCCAGAGUACGCAGCAGCAGCUGUUGGAUGAGAUUUUCUCCAGUGAUGCAGUGCAGACUUUGAGAGGGCAGCUUCUCGCGGAGGCCACCCAGCACGGAGAAUGGCAAGUCCUCAGCCAUGAUGCCACGUUCAAGAGCUUGUUUAGCAUCAUUGGUCAAGUUCCAAUGUCACAGAAGCCAAACGAAGCACAUGCUUUACACAGCAUCCUGGGGAAGUCAGGGGCUCUUCCGGGCUUGAGCGCGCAGGCAUCAGAGGGCUUGGCGUGCUUUGAGCGCGCGUGCAAGGCAAUUUUGCCACCGGAAGCCCGUGCCACAACAGAGUGGAUUUUCAGUGACUCUCCUGCUGCCAUUGACCAUGUCAGGGAGCUCUUCCCAAACCUACAAGGCAUGGCAGAGGACGGUCUGCAUCUUGCCCUGCGGGUGGAGGCGUGCUUCGGCGAGAAGCGCACAGCCCUCUCACGUGAGAUCAUUGCCUUGCAGCGCAAGUUCAUGGUGCCUGCCAGCGGUCGCAUUCACAGAGGUGAGCUUCCUGCCGCUGGAGAAGAAGGAAAGUGGCCAGCAAAGGCGGACAACAUGAAGGCUCGAGGCAGAGAGUGGAACGCAUACGUGCAGGAGCCCUAUGCGUCACACCAGGACUACAUUGAUGACUUGGCAAGCGUGACCGUCCGCUUCGCCACUGACAUGGGUCGAAAAGAUAGCAAGGGCAGGACAGUGUUUCAGAUUCUUCAGUCUGGAGCAGCCUACCAGCACUACGCCUACCUACUCAACGGAAGCCGAGCCACUGCAGCGCUGAGCCUGCAAGAUCGGCAGAUGCUAUCGUGGGGCACGACUGCUAACGAAGCUGUGCACUUCCAGUUCAACCGCUCCCAGCAAACAGUCACCCAACAGCAUGUGGACUCCUCGACAUUGAAGCUGGAGGCGGCCGAGCUGAUCAGCUCUAUGGUGGGGUAUAUCAUGAGCGGAGAGUUUGCUGGCGCAGCGGGGGUGGCGAUGGCGCCGGUGACUUCACGUCAGGAGCUGAGGCGACCCGUGCACUUUCUGGACAAGGCGAAGGUGGCAAGGAUGAGGGCCUUUGCAACCACUCGCAAGUCUGCCUGGGUGAAGGAGGCUGCCAGGCGAGAGGAGAUGGCGCGGAAGCGCGGGUGCGAGAGGGCUCAGCAGAAAGUGAAGCGCACUGUCUUCACCAAGCAGAAGCAGAGGAAGCUGCGGCAGCGCCGCAAGCCCGCCCAGACCCAAGAGGUGAGCUUGCGCGGGCUACAUGUUCAGUGGCCCUUCUCCCAGCUGCUGUUGGCGGGCUACAAGACACAGGAGGUGCGGGGCUAUGCCUUGGGCCACCUCAACAUCGCGCAUGCGAAUGAGGAGAUGUGGCUGGUGGAAACGCGCGGAGGUGCAUCCACGGCGAGCUACUCUGCUUGCAUCCCGGAGGGCUUUCACGUCCCUCCCCGACCAAAAGGGGCGCAGAUUGUGGGCACGAUCCGGUUCAGCGAGGCGGUAAAACUCAUCGAUGGGAUUUCCUUUGCUGCGGCAAGGGCAGCUCACUGCGUUCGCCAGGGCAGCAAGUUUGACUGGUGCGGCACGCCAGUCUUUGCUUGGAAAGUGGCGGCCGUCAGAUCUCUUGCCUACACAGUAGCCGCCCCAGAAGGAAGAAGCCAAGUAGGAUACGCCAAGCCUGUGAAAGUGCAGGUGGCGUUCAGGUGA